AUUGCCUGCACCUGCACAACCAUAUACAAUUAUGUAUUACUUCACUGCAGCAUUUUUUAAUUCUAAACUUAGGUGUGUGGCAAAUUUGACAAUAUUAAAACAAAUAAACCGUGUGGACAACUUGAUUUCCUUAAGGUCUGUGAGCACUCAGAAGAGGACAUGCCCUUUGCUCUCUGUUCAGCCCGUUCGAGGACUGUUGGAUGAGAAGUUUCAGAUUGCGGUAACAAAUUUACCACCAAAUCAAAAAGUGACACUACACUCUCUGCAUCAGUCAGAUGACAAGGACUUCUGGGAGGCAUUUGGACACUAUGUCAGUGAUGAACAUGGAUCAGUGACAGGGUUCAAAGAUGAAAGUUUGGGAGGCACUUAUGAUGGCACAGAGCCAAUGGGGUUGCUGUGGAGCAUGAGGCCCAUACCAGGAAGUCGACAUGGACUCAGGAUACGUAAGAGGGACAUUUUCAGACCAAUGGAAGUUCGUAUUUCAGUAUACAGUGGGCAUCUAUCUCAAGGAUUCAGUCAGCAAACACCCCUGACCACCAGAGUCAUAGAACGCUGGUACGUCGCACCAGGUGUGCAGCGGGUGAACAUCAGGGAGAAAGGAGUACGAGGAACAUUAUUCCUGCCUCCAGGCUCCGGGCCAUACCCAGGAGUGCUGGACCUGUGGGGAGUAGGUGGUGAUUUCGUUGAGUACCGUUCUGCCCUGCUUGCAUCUCAUGGCUUUGCAUCCAUGGCACUUGAGUACCUCACUCCAGAAGACCUGAGCCUGGAAGACACUGAUGCUUCUUACUUUGAGAAAGCAUACCAGAUCCUGAAUAAUCAUCCAAUGGUAAAGAAGGAUCAUUUGGCUGUUCUUGGGCUAAGUUUGGGAAGUGCCAUCACACUCAGUAUGGCGUCCUACUCCAAAGUCAUUAAGCCCCAGUGUUGUGUGUGCAUAAGUGGAAGUCAUCUGAUGCCUGUUGAAAAAUCCCUCUCUGAACUCUUUGAGCUGAUGAAAAGCCAUGCAGAUAAGCUAUGUGUGAAUGAGGACAACCAGGUUAUCCUCAGAAAUCUGAUCUUAUCACUUCCCUGUCAAAGUGCCAAAGUUGAUGUUGGGAGAAUAAAGUGUCCUCUUCUGUUGGUGAAUGGUGAUGAUGAUCAGACUCUUCCUGCAGUGGAAUCUGCUGAAGACAUGGCGAUGAUGAUGGAGAAAGCUGGAAAUCGGCACUUGCUGGAAAUCCUGAUGUAUCCUGAUGCAGGUCAUCUUAUUGAACCUCCGUACUCACCUCACUUCCGUGCAACUAACUAUAAACUAGAAUGGACAAAGGAGAAAAUUGUCAUGCUGUGGGGUGGGCAAACCAAACCGCAUGCAUACGCACAAGAGGACGCAUGGAAGAAGAUAUUAGCAUUUCUGUGGCAGCACCUGUCAGCACCUGUCAGCACCGUGACUUCAUUUUAAGUGUCACCCAUUUAAAUGUAACCAUUUUAAAUCUCUGGUUUAUUUUUAAAUGGUGACAUUAUGAUUCUGGAAGCUCUGUUGGCAGCCAUCUUGAGAAGGUUAAACAUUUAAUUUCAAAAUUUUUUUGAGAGAUACAUUUAAAGAUUUUAUUUAGUUUAGUUUUAAGUGUAAGUUUUUCCGAGUGAUGAAUGAACAGCAGAAAGUUGAUACAAUCACCCAUUUAUCCAUGUUUAUGCUACUGUGUCCAUAUCACCAAAUAAUAAGUAAUCAUUAAAAAGCAAUAAUGAAAUUAAUUUAGAAUGAAUUUGAUUAUCUAUUAAUGGAUUAUGGAUUAAUUGCAUGGAAAACAUCUGCUAGACACAGCAGUCUUCAGUGCUUCAAAUCUGAAAUGAUGCCAGGAUGUACUGUAAUACGUUUCUGAAGUUUUUCAUCUAUAAAACGGAUUUUAACACUCAAGCAUCCUUCGUAUAACAGCCCUUAAUCUGUCCUUCAUGGACAAAUUUGGGCACAAAGGUCUCAGGUGUGAUCCCAAUUUUAUUUAUUUAAUAUUAUUAUAAUAUUUUAGAAAUGUUCUAUUACCACUUUCAAUAAAAUAAAAUCUA